GACUGCACACACAGUACAGGAGAUGACCAGAGACUGUAGACAGUAGAGAUGACCAGAGACUGCAGACAGUACAGGGGAUGACCAAGAAACUGCAGACAGUACAGGGGAUGACCAAGAGACUGCAGACAGUGCAGGGGAUGACCAAGAGACUGCAGGCCUUUGGGGAGGGAGGGGGAGCAGGGACAGCACAGGCUGUGACAGCCGGGUGCCCACUGCGCAUGCUAAAGAUGACGGCGCGGGAAGACUGUACAGCGCUGGACCGAGGAACAGGUAAGGUCCUGCUGCAGAGA